AAUCCACCUAACACCCUUACUCGAAAGCCGAAGCUACUGCCGUGCUCUCAUUCAGUUUGCCUCUCAUGUUUGGAACAGUUGGCUGCGUUGCCUCAGGCAGAUAUGUUACCCUUUAUGUUAUGUCCACUUUCGAAAGAUGUCAUUUCCCACGUACCCAAAAGCUAUACUUUCACCGCGCAUGUCAAUAACUUAUUUUUUUUUCAGAAACAGCGAAAAGACGUCAUUCCGUCUUGCACGGUUCAUCCAACGGAACAACUUCUAUACUGUGAAUGUUGUGACUUAGUGUUCUGCCAACAAUGUCAAACUUCGGUGAUCAACAAAAAAUGCACUCAACACACGGUCAUUCCUUUUUCAAUCGCGCUGAAACGAAUGUCGGAGAUCGUGGUUUAUCGAGCGAAGGGUCGACUUCGCGCUCUCGAUCAAGCGCAUGUCUGUGUCAGCCAGGAAAUCGAGCAGUUGGACAGAAAUGUGGAUAAGAUUGUCGAUCAAAUCAACGGAACAUUUCAGGAAGUGUCAAACACUGUCGAAAAUCGUCGCCGCGAUCUUAUCGAAAGUGUACGGGUGCGACGUGACGAAAAACGCAAGGUUCUGAAAGAUCAGAUCGAAGCGAUCACGGACGAGAAAAAGAAACUGGCGAAGGAACUGGAGUCUUGUCAGUUGGAUGUCCGAUCCAUGGCACGUCAGUUGAAAUCCAUGGACACAGGAUGGGAACGCCAAUUGACACAACCACGAGAGAAUGCCUUUUUAAAGUUGAACACAAAUUCUAGCCAGUUGAUUUGUGACGUUCAGCGGUGCCUUGUGGAUUUUGGCUCAUUAACAGCUUCAACAACCUUCCCCGGUGAAACAGUGGUUGAACUUCUAGAUUCAGCGUCAACCUUCACUGAAGUGAAAUUGAUCGUCAGGACUUUCGAUGUGGAUUGUCGACCAAGAACUUCUGGCGGAGAUCCGUUAGACGUUCGGCUUCAGUUCGAGGAUGAUUUUCUCCCGAUUUCGGUCAAUGAUCUCAACGAUGGCACAUACGAAUUGUCUUUCAGGGUUCAACAGUCUGGCGACUAUGUUGUUGACGUGGAUAUUUUCGGUCGUCCAAUAAAAAACAGCCCAUUCCCUGUAUCGGUUUCAUCUCAUCACAUGCCCAAAUGGCAGUUACCAGUCGAGCUCCAUCAACCUGUUAAAGUAGCAAUCAAUGGCGAUCAUGUACUCCAUGUUCUCGACACUGGUAACGAACGAGUGAGAAUUGUGAAAGACAGCGGUGAAGUAGUUAAUGACAUCAAAGCGCCCUGCCUUAGCGGGGGAACGGCUGUUGGCAUGGCACUUCUGAGUGGAGGCGACAUGGCUAUUCUCAACUGGAGGACAAAGAGCAUCACGCGCCUUGGACCAAAAGGAGACGAGAUACAGGUAUGGAGCAUCAAUUUCUCGGAGUUCAAUGAGCCGAUCGAUCUUGCUGCUGAUCAUCGUGGGAGGUAUCUUAUUGCUGAUGCGCAAAAAGUUUUUGUAUUCGACUCAAAUUUACGUCCGCAGUUCAGUUUCCCCACUCGUGGGCAGACUGUCACAUCUGUAAACGUUGGGUUGGAUGAUGACAUUCUAGUUGGAACAACCCAUGGACUGCUUCUAUUUGACGGAGCUGGAAGGUUUUUGAGAGAGAUUCCUAUUCUAAAAUGCGCGUUCGAUCUGGAGUGUUCUAAAACUAAAGGUGACUACUUAAAUGCGUUUAAUUUACAGAUCUCUCGCUACAAAGGAGCGUUCGUCUUCUACAUUGAUUCCUAUGGUGCUCGUCUACGACGCCCUUGCGGUGUGUGCGUUGCCGGACAAUGCCUUAUAGUCGACCAUGCGUCUAAUUCAGUCCGAAUGUAUAGGUUUAAAUAA